AUGUCUCGCCAACUUAUUUCCAGCGAAAAGUUCCCUACCAAACCCCACAACUGCCCAGCCACCAAAGUACCUGGUUUAGUCUUCUGCGCUGGACAGACUGCUACUGGCGAGAUUAAGCAGGCAACAAAUCUCAAAGAGGUGCUUGAGCUCUCCGGUUCAUCACUCGAGCAGGUUGUCAAGUACAAUGUCUACCUGGUUGACAUGAAGGACUUUGCUGCUAUGAACGAGGUGUACAUAGAUUUCCUGCCCCAGCCUAUGCCUUCGCGCUCGUGCCUUCAGGCGCUUCCUCCUGGAGAUGGUACUGUUAUUGAGAUUGAGUGCAUUGCGCAGGCUUAG